AUGCCGCGCGUUCUCAUGGCGUCGGCCGUGCGUCUGGCCUCAUCCCCAGCGGGGGGGCCGCCGGCGCCGGAUGCGCCGCCGCCGCAGUCUUCGGCGCCACCCCCGCCGGUGGCUUCCUCGUCGUCUCCUCCGCCGCCGACACCGUCGCCGCCUCAGCACCCGCCGCCGCCGCCGCCGGAGAAGCGGUCCCCACCGCCUCCGGCGCCGUUCGAGCAACCUUUGAUAAAGACGCCUCCGAGUCCGCCGGAGAAGUCGACGACGGCGUCCCCGCCUCCUCCUGCUUCGCCUCCACCCUCGCCGCCGCCGACGAGCCAGUCCCCUCCUCCCCCUUCCCCGUCGUCGCCGCCCCCGUCACCUCCUCCAGCGACGCCGCCGCCCGAGACAUCAACGCCACCGUCGACAACACAAUCGUCGCGCCAAUCGCCGCCGGAAUCGAGCACGGAGCCGCCACCCACAUCCUCAGGGACAGCCGCGACACCUCCACCUCCCCAAACUGCCAUGUCCGGCUCCGGAUCAAAAGCACCGCCGCCACCGCACGAGGCGCCGUCGACGCCGGGAACGCCGCCAGGCACCGACGCCCAGCAGCGCCCGUCCCAGGGGGGGACUCCUUCCUCGGCGACGCAGAUGCUGCCUCCUCCAAUGGCCCUGACGGUGAUCAUGCCAGGCUCCGGCACACCUGCGGGCAUGUGGACGGGCCCGCCUGGCUCCGCCGCGACGACCGCUCCGCCGCUGGGUCCCCCGGCCGGAAGCUCCGGCCGCAGCAGCUUGAAGACCGAGGAGCUCGUUGGGAUCUCCGUGGGCGGGCUCAUCCUGACACUGGCCUCGCUGUUCAUCUUCCUGCGCCUCAGCAGCAGGCGGCGGAGGAAGCGGCACAACGCCGUCGUGCCGGAACACGUGGUCUCGGCGGACGCGAACGGCCCGGCGGCGGCGGCGUCGCCGGCGAGCGGGGCGAGCUCGUACGACCUGUCGGGGUCCAAGACGUGGUUCACAUACGAGGAGCUGACGGGGAUCACGGGCGGGUUCGCGGCGGCGAACGUGAUCGGCGAGGGCGGGUUCGGGAAGGUGUACAUGGGCGCGCUGGGCGACGGGCGGCGGGUGGCGGUGAAGCAGCUCAAGGUGGGCGGCGGGCAGGGCGACAAGGAGUUCCGCGCCGAGGUGGACAUCAUCAGCCGCAUCCACCACCGCCACCUCGUCACGCUCGCCGGCUGCUGCGUCACCGCGAACCACCGCCUCCUCGUCUACGAGUUCGUGCCCAACAAGACGCUCGAGCACCACCUGCACGGGAAAGGACUCCCGGUGAUGGACUGGCAUAAGCGGAUGAAGAUUGCGAUCGGAGCGGCGCGUGGGCUCACGUACCUGCACGAAGACUGCCAUCCUAGGAUCAUACACAGGGACAUCAAGUCGGCCAACAUCCUUCUCGACGACGCCUUCGAGGCCAAGGUUGCUGAUUUCGGCCUUGCCAAGCUCACCAACGAUUCCUUGACGCACAUCUCGACGCGCGUGAUGGGCACAUUUGGGUACAUGGCGCCGGAGUACGCGUCGAGCGGGAAGCUGACGGACAGGUCCGACGUGUUCUCGUUCGGGGUGGUGCUCCUGGAGCUCAUCACCGGGCGCAAGCCCGUGGACGCGUCGCAGCCGCUGGGAGAGGAGAGCCUCGUCGAAUGGGCCCGGACCCUCCUGGUGGACGCCCUGGACACGGGCGACUUCGGGGCGAUCGCCGACCCCGCGCUGGAGGGCAGGUUCCCCCGGGCCGAGAUGCGGCGGAUGGUGGAGGCCGCCGCCGCGUGCGUGCGCCACUCGGCCGCCAAGCGGCCGAGGAUGGUGCAGGUGUGGCGGUCGCUGGACGUGGACGAGGGUUCGUCGGACCUCACCAACGGCGUCAAGCUCGGGCAGAGCACGGCGUACGACUCCCGCCAGUACUCGGCCGACAUCGAGCUGUUCCGCCGCAUGGCGUUCGCCGGCGACGGCGGCGACGGAGAAAGGGCAGAUCCGGAGGGGGAGGAGGAAGAAGAAAAAGAGGGAGUAUGA